AUGACACAGUAGGAUGGGGAUUAUAACUUGUUUAUGUAACACCAGGAUAUUGUCCUUAAUUUUGUUAAUUGUAUGAGGUAUAAAGACAAAUUAUUUUUUUUAAUUACGUCAUUCAAGUUUAAGAUUUGUCAAAGUGGUUACUUUAAAUAUAAGGACAAUAGUUACAUAAGCAGAUGCGAUUAACCAUAUCAAAAAUUAAAUGGUUCUUAUUGUUAAGAUUUUGAUGAUGAAACACCAUGUAUCAUUUUAUUCUGUCUAUAUCUAGACUCUAAUUAUUUAACCUAUGAUUUUCUAAAUAAUACUGUCGAUCCUUAGUAUGGAAGUAUUUAUUAUGAAUUUAUUAUCCUAUUAAAAUGGGACGAAUUUUAUCAAAGGCUUAGAUAUAUCUAAUAUUAAUUAUUAUUCAAAUUGAAUUAAAAUCCAGAAUAUAUAUUUUUCAUAUUUCAAUAAUCUAAGUAUAUUUGGAAGAGGAAAAUAUGAUAAAGUAUAUGAAAGGAUAAAUCACGACUUGAAUACAAUAACAAUAAGUUGGGAAUGUUUUGGGCCAAAUAAUGAACAAUUUCAAGCUUAUUUUGGAUUUCAUAAUUAUUAAAUUUUUAUUCAUAAGUGUUAGCCCUAUUAAUUAUAAUGCUCAGAUUAGAGUACAUGUACAUAAUGGAAUAGUGAUUAUGAUGCAAAUGUAGUUAAAUUCUCUUAAGAAGAAUUUUUAAGUAACCAAUAUAAUGAUAAGGAUUCUGUUAGAUGUUUAGAUUGUCCAAUAUCUUGUUUAACAUGUACAUCUAAAAUAGAUUUUUAAAUAUGCUAAUCUACUUUUAAAUAAACUAAAUUAGGAUAAAUUUGUAAAUUCAAUAUAUUUGAAGAUUCAAAUCAAUUAUUUGAUUAUCCAAUUGAUUGUAAUCAAUGUUUUAAAUUUAAGAACUGUAUAAAUUGUUUAAUUAAAAUAAUAGAUAAUUAAAAAAUCAAUAAUGUAUUUGUAUUGAUGGAUACUAUCCAAUUUUAUAGAAUCCUAAAUGUGAAAAAUGUCAUUAUUUUUGUUCCACUUGUACUGAACCUACUUUUAAUGAUUACUUAAUUUUCAAUAAUAUUGUUAAUAUUGAGAAUAUGGGAUCAACAUGUAUUAUUAAGAAUUCUCUAAAUCAUGCAUCUAGUGUCAUUAAUCAUGCUAAACUUGUUAUAGAGUAAAUUGAUGGUUGUUUAAUUUGUGAUAUUAAUUUAAAUAGAAUAUUAAAAGAUAAAAAUGUGAAUGUAAACCUGCUUAUCAUGAAUUAGAUAGUGUUUGUACAAGUAUUAAAAAUAAUAAUCAUUAUUGAUUGCUUGAUUACAGAAGAUGUGUUAUUAAGUGCAUGUUAUUUAUUAUGUAUUAAUAAAUAAUAAUUAUGACAUAUAAUUACUUGUAUUUCUUGUGAUUCUGGAUUUUUUUAAGUAUUUGGAAAAUGUGAAAUUUGUGGACAUUUACAAAUAAUUGAAUAUGAAUAAUGGGAAGAUAAUAAUAACAUAAUGGAUAAUUUAUGUUAUAAUUGUUAGUUUCAAUAUCCAACUCUUUGUAAAACUUGUGAUGAAUCAAUUACUUUACCUUGUCCUGAUAUUUGUGGAGAUGAAAUAGUUAUUGGAAUAGAAGAAUGCGAAGAUGGAAACAAUAUUAAAUAUGAUAUAUGUUUUGAUUGCAAAUAUUAAUGCUAAUCCUAAUGUACAAAAUAUAUUAAAGGAGAGUGUUUUGAAAGUUUAACUAAUGGAUGGCAAAUUGAUCUAACAGUUCAACCGUGGUAAUGUAAAGAAAAAUGUGGGGAUUUAUAAAUAAUAGGAUAAGAAUAAUGUAGAAUUGGAUGUUCAUCUUGUAAUUAUGACACAAAAACUUGUUUAAACUGUGUAUUACCUGAAUUUGUUCCAGUAAAAUAUUAUUGUAAAACUAUCUGCAGAGAUAUGUUGGUUGUAACAGAUCCUUAUGGAUUUUACUUGGAAGAAGGUGAUGAUGGGAAUACAAUUAUUUAUGAUAAAUGUAUUAAGGAUUGUAAAUUUUAAUGCUAAAUAUUAUAUAUUUGAAUUAGUUGUAUAUAUAAUAGAUGUUAAAUUAGUGCUACUGGAUAUAAUCUAUCUAGAUAAAUAUAUGUAUACGAAUUUGUGGAGAUUAAUUGGUAGUAGUUGGUGA